UGAUCUCGAAGGACGUCGUAUAAAACCCUCGAGUUAUCCUCCAAAUUUUGCCAUUUCCUCACCAGCGCUGAUCGAGGACUUCAACUCGCAAUUACACCGUGAACACGUGCCGUUGUGUUGUUGUUUUUUCGGUGAUAGCGCUCAUAGAGACACAUACCGUAGUCUUCUGUUUUCUACUAGAAUGGCCAGUAGAGGGAAUAAAUAGCUGUGCGGAAAGGACUUUUUCAUGUGGUGGACAUUAAGUUUUAUAGUGUGCAAUUAAAAAAAACAAAAACAAAUAUAGUAAAGUGUUAUUUUUUCCUUUCAAAUUUUCGUUUAUUCGACAAUUCUUCGGAUUGAGAGCGCCACCUAACGACAGAUUCACGAUGGCGCCAAAUAAAGUUACUCAAAAGGAAAGCCAAUGGGCUGAAGACUACAAAUAUACAGCUACACCAAAGGAAGAUGACCAGAAGAAGAGUAAGAAGAAGAAAAAAGAGGAGAAAAUGGAAGAGCUCAAAAAGGAGUUGGAGAUGGACGAGCACUUAGUCCCCAUGGAAGAAUUGUACAGAAGAUUUGGCACAGAUCCUGACAAUGGUCUCUCAGUAGCCAGAGCAAAAGAAAUCCUGGAUCGAGAUGGCCCUAACCAACUGACACCACCAGAGACGACUCCAGAGUGGGUGAAGUUCUGCAAAGUCUUAUUCACAGGAUUUUCACUUCUGCUCUGGAUCGGUGCUAUAUUGUGUUACAUUGCAUACUCCAUUCAAUCCGCACAGUCAGAGGAUGCCCCUGGAGAUAAUUUGUACCUAGGCAUUGUGCUGACUGGUGUAGUAAUUGUUACAGCCUGUUUCUCCUACUAUCAGGAAGCCAAGAGCUCACGUAUUAUGGAUUCUUUUAAAAACAUGGUUCCUCAGUAUGCCUUAGUUAUUCGAGGUGGACAGAAAUUAAGUAUUCAUGCUGAAGAAGUGGUCGUUGGUGACAUAGUUGAAGUCAAGUUUGGAGAUCGAGUUCCUGCUGAUAUCAGAGUCAUCUCAGCCCAUGGUUUUAAGGUUGAUAACUCAUCCCUCACUGGAGAAUCAGAGCCUCAGUCAAGAAGUGCAGAAUUUACUCAUGAAAAUCCGCUUGAAACUAGGAAUAUAGCUUUCUUUUCCACCAAUGCUGUUGAAGGAACUUGCCGUGGCAUUGUGGUCAAGACUGGUGAUAACUCUGUGAUGGGACGUAUUGCCAACCUUGCUUCAGGCCUGGAAGUUGGAGAGACUCCUAUCGCUAAAGAGAUCGGCCAUUUCAUUCACAUCAUUACUGCAGUAUCUGUGUUUUUUGGUGUGACCUUCUUCAUCGUGGCUUUCAUCCUUGGAUAUGUCUGGCUGGACGCUGUCAUUUUCUUGAUUGGUAUCAUAGUAGCCAACGUACCUGAAGGUCUUCUAGCUACUGUCACUGUGUGCUUAACACUGACUGCCAAGCGUAUGGCCAAGAAAAAUUGUUUGGUCAAGAAUCUGGAGGCUGUGGAAACACUGGGAUCCACUUCGACCAUUUGCUCUGAUAAGACUGGAACUCUGACUCAGAACAGAAUGACAGUAGCUCACAUGUGGUUUGAUGGACGCAUAUUUGAAGCUGAUACUAGCGAUGAUCAAUCCAAUGCAUACUAUUCACGAAACAACCCAACCUGGAUGAGCCUGGCUCGUAUUGGUAUGCUUUGCAACCGUGCUGAGUUUAAAGUGGGACAAGAAAAAGUCCCCGUACUUAAGAGGGAGUGUAAUGGUGAUGCUUCAGAAUCUGCUUUGUUGAAAUGUGCUGAGCUGUCAAUUGGAAAUGUUACAGAGUUCAGAAGACGCAAUAAGAAAAUGUGUGAAAUUCCCUUUAACUCGACUAAUAAAUAUCAAGUAUCUAUUCAUGAAACUGAAGAUCCCAAUGACCCAAGCUUCUUGCUGGUAAUGAAGGGUGCACCUGAGAGAAUUAUGGACCGUUGCUCCACAAUACUCAUGCAUGGCAAGACACAACCCCUAGAUGACAACAUCCGUGAUGCUUUCAAUGCUGCCUAUCUUGAACUAGGUGGUCUUGGAGAGAGAGUAUUAGGCUUCUGUGACUAUAUUCUGCCAUCAUCUGAAUUUCCACCCAACUAUGAGUUUGAUUCUGAUGGACCAAACUUUCCUAUUACUGGACUUCGUUUUGUUGGUUUGAUGUCCUUGAUUGAUCCUCCACGAGCUACUGUACCUGAUGCUGUAUGCAAAUGCAGAAGUGCUGGUAUCAAAGUCAUCAUGGUUACUGGUGAUCACCCCAUUACUGCCAAGGCCAUUGCAAAAGGUGUUGGAAUUAUUUCUGAAGGCAGCAAGACUGUGGAAGAUAUUGCUGCUGAGAGAGGAUGCCCAGUAGAAGAGGUGGACCCAAGAGAAGCUAAAGCUGCUGUUAUCCAUGGUGGUGACCUCAGGGACAUGACCCCUGCUCAGAUUGAUGAAAUUCUAAUUAACCACAGUGAAAUUGUAUUUGCUCGUACAUCACCCCAGCAGAAGUUGAUCAUUGUAGAAGGUUGCCAGAGACAGGGACAGAUUGUGGCCGUAACUGGUGAUGGUGUCAAUGACUCUCCUGCACUCAAGAAAGCUGAUAUUGGUGUUGCUAUGGGCAUUGCUGGAAGUGAUGUCAGUAAGCAGGCCGCUGACAUGAUCCUCUUGGAUGAUAACUUUGCAUCCAUUGUCACUGGUGUUGAGGAAGGACGUCUCAUCUUUGACAACUUAAAGAAGUCCAUCGCUUACACUCUGACUUCCAAAAUCCCUGAGAUGUCUCCUUUCGUAAUGUUUAUUCUUGCUGACAUUCCCCUUCCUCUUGGCACCAUCACCAUUUUGUGUAUUGAUCUUGGCACAGACAUGGUGCCUGCCAUCUCACUGGCUUAUGAACAUGCAGAGCUGGACAUCAUGAAAAGAUCACCUAGAAAUCCUGCUACAGACAAGCUUGUCAAUCAAAGAUUAAUCAGUAUGGCCUAUGGUCAAAUUGGUAUGAUUCAGGCAUGUGGUGGUUUCUUCACAUACUUUGUUAUUAUGAGUGAGAAUGGUUUCUGGAUGAGUGAUCUCACUGGUAUUCGUGAAGAAUGGGAUUCCAUGGGCAUCAAUGACGUGGAGGAUUCCUAUGGUCAAGAAUGGACCUACACUCAGCGUAAGAAACUUGAAUAUACAUGCCACUCUGCAUUCUUCGUGUCCAUUGUGAUAGUGCAGUGGACUGAUCUCAUCAUUUGUAAGACAAGACGUUUGUCACUGUUUCAGCAGGGAAUGAAAAACCAUUAUUUAAAUUUUGGUUUGUUCUUUGAGACUGCCCUAGCUGCUUUCUUGUGCUAUUGUCCUGGAAUGGACACAGGCCUUCGUAUGCAACCACUUAGAUUCACUUGGUGGAUAGCUCCUAUGCCUUACAGCUUAAUCAUCCUCAUUUAUGAUGAAGUGCGCAAACUUAUACUUCGGCGUAACCCUGGAGGCUUUGUGGAGAGAGAGACAUACUACUAGAGAGGUGCAUUAAGUAAAUUUUUUUGCCAUUGAUUUUUAUUGUGCCACAAAAAAGUCAUGAAAACAAGUUUUAAGUAGAUAGCACCUGCAAUGUAGGUCAUACACAUUUUUUUUUUAAUUUUAAUAUAUAUAAAUAUAUAAUACUUCACUAUGGAUAAUGUGCAUUUAUUUGGUUUCUGAUACACAUAGUGUGAAUAGAGCCUAAAAGUGAAUGUAAUGUUUUUUAUAAAUCACAUUUAGAAUGUAAAAUUCAUGCUUCAUCUUUGUUUGGUAGAAUAAUUUUAUGUAUCUGGAGUAUAAAUAGCCAAUGAAAAGUUUUUGUUGUAUAUAAUUUUUGAAGACAUUUUUAAUAUUUUGAUUUCUGUAUAUUUGUGUAAUUCUAAUGAAAGUCAUUUGAUUAAAUUCAAGAUGUGUGAAUGCUCACUUUUGAGUUGCUUUAAGUUUUUCAUGAUCUAAUAUGCUGUAACUAAUUAUUUGACUAGUUUGGUAGAUCCCAGCUCUCUAUAUUUAACAAUCUAAAUAUUAGUCAGGUGCCCCAUCACCAAUAUGAUUUUUGUAUUUAUUUAUAUGGCUUAUGAGGCAUUAAGAAAUGAAUAAAUUAUUUUUUAAAGGGGUAAAUGAGAUUUUUUUUCUUUAUAUGCAAGAAAUAACUUGUAUAAAUGCCCAUUGUGUUGCAUAGAAACUGUCUCCUAAUUGUAGGCCUAUAGCCUAACAAUAAAGUUCUGUCAAUAUUUUGUUUAUGGUAUUUCAACUGUUGUAGAAAAAAAAAUCUCAUUAAACUGAAAAUACAUUAUAUAUUUUUUAGGGAUACAGCUUUUUUUUUUUAGUUGUUAGUUUAGUUAGUCCCCCAAAAAUUUGUCUAAAUUUGUAUGUAAUUUAUGUAAUUCCAUACUUGUGUUCCCCAUAAUACUGUUACUCAGGUCUUAUAGUCCCAUUUGAGUGUUAUUAUGGUGCAUCAAUUUAGCCAGGUAUUUCUCAUUGCUGUCUUCAAAAAGUACAUACCUUAAUAUAUAAAGAUGCUUGAAAUAAAACUUGUAUUUUUUUCCACUACUUCUCUACAGAAGUGGUUUAUUUCAAGCUGAUGUAAAGAUUUAUUUGUAAAUAUUUAAAUGCAAUUAUUUUCAUCACAUUUUUAUUUUGGAAAUUUUUUUUUUUCGUCCUUUAAACAUAAAGGUAUCAGGAAUAUUUUUCCAUGGCCCUUUG